GCUGGUAGCAGGCAGAAAUCCAUUCUUUAUAAAAGACAAACUAGAAGAUUUAGUGGCUCUAAAAUGAGCAGCCCAGCUGAGGACGACAAAAGAUAUGACCCCAGGGAUACAACGUUCAGUUUUGUCGACAGACCUGAUGACCUGGAUCCUCUGUUCGAUGAAGAUGAAGAUCAGGGUCUCCGAGCUGAGAUGUCCUGCGGUCAUGCCGUCACCCCACAAUCUCUGACUGGGUGGUGUCGCAGUCUGCUGGAUCAGGGCCAGUACAAGUUUAGGUGUCCGGCUAUAGAUGAGGAAACACAGGAGAAAUGUGGUGCUCAGUGGUCUUACCGAGAGGUGCGACGUCUGGCAGACCUGAGUGUGGAAGAAAUGAACUACUUUGAAGAGAACAUUGCUCGCCUGGCUGCUGCAGAGUAUCAGGAAUUUAGAGCAUGUCCUGGGUGUAAGACGUAUAUUGAAAGAAAGAACCUGACUAACCUCUGCGUGCAGUGCUUAGUGUGUGCUGCAGACAAGAAGAAAGUGUUCCAGUUCUGCUGGCAGUGCUCAAAGCCUUGGAAAGGCCCAGCUCCUCGCUCUGAUCGCUGUGGCAAUGAUGGCUGCAUCAACCGUGACCUGGAACUACUCAGGACCUGCAAGACCACCACCCUGCUUGAGGUUCAGGGGGUCGAUGCCUGUCCCUCCAUCCGGGCCUGUCCCACCUGUGGAAAUAGGGUGGAGCAUGACAACACAGGCUGCAAGAACAUCAUCUGUCCUCGCUGCCAGGUGGAGUUUUGCUUUGUGUGUCUGAAGCUCACUCCUGAGUGUCUGGAGACCAGUACCCACUUCAUGCCCUGUAGUGAUGGUGUGGCUCCCAGACAGACAUCCAUACCUGUGUGGCGCAGGAAGUAAAACUGCUGCCAGUUUACCUCUCCGAAUAGGAACUUGGUGGUUAUUGUAAAUUAAGCAUGUUAUUCUUACCUUUGUUCAUGUUCAAUAACUGUAAAACUCAAUAUUUAGCAUUAUAUAUUUGAACAAUUAUUACUCGUGUGUAGUAUUUGCUUCUGCUAUAUGUUGAAACAUAUUGUUCUUUUGCCUAUCUAAAAAUGUUUUUAAAUAAAUUAUUUUACAUCUGACUGCAGCGCCACUAUCACAGAUUUUUGUUUCCACUCGCCAGGACCA